AUGUCCGUUUCUGCGUCAAACUGUGCAAUCAGGUACGGGUUUCUGGUAGAAAGUCAAACCCUUGUCCACCCAAUAAAUGUCGAGAACCAGUUCGGUAGAGAGGGCUGGGUGAAUCGUGGACACGACCUGACACAAAGAGCUUCCGGUGGCUGGGUGAGUGCAGGUGGCCACUCUAUGGAUACAGCUCCGGGUGUGACAGUCCAGGCAUGGCAUGCCCCACGUCCGCCACAGGCGUCCAUUUCUCGGCGACUUUCCGACACGGAGUCGGAAAAGGGAGGCGGUCACGACAGUGGCAACCGAAGAGGUGGUGGCAACCGAAGAGGUGGUGGCAAUCCUUCGACACGACAGGGGGAUCCUGUUGCGCAGGCUACAGGAUACAGCACCGUUGCGCAACACAGUGAGGGCACAGUGAGCACGCCCAGGCCGUCAGGGACAGGAGAGCAGCACCUCCGCACCCAGGCACCUACAGGGAGACGCAGCUCAUCAUUGCAAACUUCUCCCACUACUGGCGGAGCGCCGGCCAUGCCGGCCCUAGCGCGAUUCUUCGGAACCCGGAGCGGUUCGCCUCAUCGCGGCGCUAUCUGUGCCUCGUGCAGUUCUCUAGAUGCAGCUCUGGAUCUGCUUAUGGAGACCCGGCGACGGAUACGGCUUGCCGAUGUUCGGGCAUCUGAUAUGAUAUCGGAACUAGAGCGGCAGUAUGCGACGCAUGCCCGAUCCGUUGGACAAGGGAACGGACGAAGGGGAGACGAGGCUCCGCUCGUCAGUAUUUACCAGAAGCUACACGACGCACGCCGAGCUGCAACGAAGGAGCAAAGUGAUCUACGGCAGCAAGAAGCCACUUUGAGAGGCUUUGUAGACGUAGUUAAUCGAGACCGUCGGAGAGAGGAAGAAAGGUAUCGCCGCCGGCUACGGGCCGCCCUGGAAGUUGCGAGUGCCGAACGGGCUCUGAAUCGCACCGAGGCGGAAAUGCGUCGGUACCGUCGAGUGGUGGAACAGCAUAGGCUUCUUCAACAGUUAGAAGCUUUGACGUUGCGAGAACCUUCCAGCGAACAGCGUCGGCGGAUACGCGCUGAAGCAGAGGUGAUACGGGGACAACUGCACCAGGAGGCUGAGGCAAUAAUGCAUCCGCGUCGCAGCGGGAGAAAACCCGCCUGA